AUGGCCAUCCACGCCGAGGGUCUCGUGGCUAUCGUGAUCUUCUACCUUCUGAUUCUGGUUGUGGGGAUCUGGGCCGCGUGGAAGAACAAGAACUCCGGUGUAAGCGAGAGCGGAGACCGGAGCGAGAGCAUCAUGGUCGGGGGAAGGGACAUCGGAUUGUUCGUUGGUGGAUUCACAAUGACCGCCACUUGGGUGGGUGGGGGUUACAUCAACGGGACAGCAGAGUAUGUCUACCUGCCAGACUACGGCCUGGCUUGGGCACAGGCACCCUUUGGUUACGCUCUCAGCCUGGUAGUAGGUGGCCUUUUCUUUGCCAAGCCCAUGCGUUCACGUGGAUACGUCACCAUGCUGGAUCCCUUUCAGCAGCUGUAUGGAAAAAGGAUGGGCGGCCUGCUCUUCAUCCCCGCACUCAUGGGAGAAAUCUUCUGGUCUGCAGCCAUUUUAUCUGCCCUGGGUGCCACUCUGAGUGUGAUCGUGGACAUCAACAUCAACAUGUCAGUGGUGAUCUCAGCCCUGAUAGCUAUCUUCUACACACUUGUUGGAGGACUCUACUCUGUUGCAUACACAGAUGUGGUCCAGCUCUUCUGUAUCUUUUUGGGCUUGUGGAUCAGCGUGCCUUUUGCCCUGUCCAAUCCUGCGGUGUCGGACAUCAGUGUCACAGCCAAGGAAGUAAUCUACCAGUCACCCUGGCUGGGGAAGAUUGAGCCUGAAGACAAAUGGCUCUGGGCGGACAACUUCUGUUUGCUGAUGUUGGGGGGGAUUCCCUGGCAGGUCUAUUUUCAACGGGUUCUUUCUGCCUCUUCAGCUACCUACGCCCAGGUCCUUUCCUUCCUCGCCGCCUUUGGUUGCCUGGUCAUGGCCGUACCCUCUGUCCUCAUAGGAGCUAUAGGGGCCUCCACUGACUGGAACCAGACUACUUAUGGGUCCAUCCCUCCGAAGGAUAAGGAUCAGUCAGACAUGAUCCUUCCCAUAGUGCUUCAGCACCUCUGCCCGCCCUACGUCUCCUUCUUUGGUCUGGGGGCGGUGUCGGCUGCGGUCAUGUCAUCAGCAGACUCAUCCAUUCUUUCAGCCAGCUCCAUGUUUGCCAGGAACAUCUAUCAGCUCGCCUUUCGGCAGUCGGCCUCAGAUACUGAGAUUGUUUGGGUGAUGCGCUUCACCAUCUUUGUAUUUGGAGCGCUUGCCACUGCUAUGGCUUUGUUAACAGGAUCUGUGUAUGGCCUGUGGUACCUGAGCUCCGACUUGGUCUAUGUCAUCAUCUUUCCCCAACUUAUCAGUGUGUUAUUUGUCAAGGGCACCAACACCUAUGGCUCUGUGGCUGGCUAUAUAUUUGGUCUUUUGCUGCGCAUUGGUGGAGGGGAGCCCUACCUCAAACUCCCUCCUUUCAUCUACUACCCUGGUUGGGUGAACCAGGAUAGGAUCCACCAUGUCACUGGGGAAGUAGAGCACUUUAUCCAGCAGAGGUUCCCCUUCAAGACUAUGUCCAUGCUGGCAUCCUUCUUGGCAAAUGUGGUCUUUUCUUACCUUACAAAGUACCUAUUUGAAAGCGGUAUGUGGUCACACAAGUACGACUUCCUGGACGCCGUGGUGUCCAAGCAUAGCAAGGAGAUCAUGGACAAAGCCACGCUGGUGAGCAACCAAGAUAACAUCAUUCUUUCCGAGAUGGCGCCGGUCAAGCAGGCCCUGGGCGCGUCAGUCACUGGGACAUUCAUCAACACUGAGGUCCUCAGUGAUGAUGGGCCGUCCAGUCCAGAGGCUUUACUCAAUGAAAACUAG